AACGUCACUCAAAUUGCUAACGCUCUGACCGCGCCUCCUUCUUUAACCUGGUUUAGAGUAAUUGAUAUCGUUUCUUAAGCGAAGGACUUGAAUUUCAUCCGCAUGAACUCAUAGACACGGUGUCCGAGCCUCACUGAUAUGUAAAGAAUGGACACCAAAACACCUCCAGACACGAGCAGGCCCAGCUAACUCCGAUGACUUCAGUCAGUUUAGUUUUUGAGAAUGAAUGUGAAACAGAAAACGAGAAGCAUGGAAGAGGAGGAAUUAACUGGAAAUGCCAUGUGGCUUAAGAAAAUAGCUCUGCUUCUCAGGUAGAUAUUUAUAGGCCAAGACGAGAUGUUGUAGUGGAUACACGCCACCGUACUAUUUUCAUGCUUGUUUUGGUACACACUGAAACCAUUUUAAGGUAGCGAAAACAGUGUGAUUGAAAAGGAAGAGGUCUGGGUUGACUAGCAAAGUUCAACAGCAAGACUGGAGGUACGUUCAGAGUGUAGUGAUAUUAUAUAAGCCAAUCAGAACAAGGAGAGCUGUGAAACAUGGAUUGUGGUGAAAGUGCUCUUUGUGGAAGUGGAGAACUGGAGCUGGAUCCAGAUAUUGUGAGCGAGGAGGCGGGGAAACUGUAUUCGGAGCUGCAGUCGGUGGUGGAGAUUCAUGGAGCUGGUGUGGUGGAGUCCCUGCUGCCCAUCCUCGUCUGGGUUCUGGAAGGGCUGGCGAGCUGCAGGGCCCAGCUGAGAGAGAGAGAGGAGGAGGCUGAGAAAGCGAAAGGAGAGAGAGAAGAACUGCUGGAGAGGUACCACAGUGAAAAAACACUGAGGAGAGAGAGCCAAGAGCGCUAUUUGGAGUUGGAUGAUCAGUUUGAGCAAGAGAGGAGAGCAAUGCGUGCGAGAGAAAAGGAGAGAGAAAAGAGAGAAAGAGAGCUGGAGAAGAAAGCCAGGGAACAAGCUGAUCAACUGAUGGCUGUGGAGGAGCAGAAAGCAAAUCUGACGAGAGAGCUAAACUCCAUAAAACACACUCAUAACAAGUUAGUCCUGACACACCGAGAUCUGCUGGAAAAGAAAAAGGAGUGGGAAAGUGAAGCUUUCACUUUCAGGAAUCAUGCGCACGGCAAACAUUCAGAAGCUGUUUCUAUCCACGGCCAAACAGAAACCUCCAGCACCGAAGAGCGUGACGUAAAAGCUGGCGGCGCCCCUGAUUCCGUUGCAUCAGAAAUGGUUGACACCAACAGCAGCGAAGUGACUGAUGCUGAAGUGAACCAUAACAGCGAUCAGUUCUUCAUCAGUGACAUAAUAAGCUCCACCCCUGAGCUGGCUCAGUUGAAGGACUUUAUUGAAACAAGCUCCCCUCUUUGUUCAAAGACGGCUACUUCUGAAUUGAACUCCAGCUUGUUUGAUGAAAUGAAACGAGCCCAGGAGGAUAAGAGGGAGGUGGAUAAAGACGGAGAAAAAACGAAGGAGGAAAAGGAAGAGAUGGAGAAUGACUCCGAUUGCUUGGAGUGGGAUUUGAGGAAUACAGACUCUGUGUUUUCAGAGUUAUCUGAGCUCAGCAGGGAGUAUGUAGAACACGUGGACCAGGGGGCCAGCGUCAGAGAUAGCAAGGACCAGUUCGAGCAGAUUCUUUCUCAGUAUGAGGAUCUAAAACACACUCAUGAGAUGGUGGAUACUGCUCGUAAGGCCCUCAUAUCUCGUGUUGAGGAGCUGACCAGUGAGAGAUCUGCCCUGAAUAUGGAACUUGAUUCUUGCCAUGAAACCAUCAGCCGACUGGAAGGAAAAACCAAAGAGAUGGAGGACGAAAUUAAACGGUUACGAAAAGAGCUUGAGACUAUCCAGUCAGAGGACCCUGAUGCCUCGCUGCCUACCUCCCUCCGUCGCUUCUCCCGUUCUGAAAUGGCCCGGGUGGUCAUGGAGAAGAAUCAGUACAAAGAGCGACUGUUCGAACUGCAGGAAGCCGUGCGCCGCGCUCAGCUUCAGAGAGUUACAAAAGAAGAGCGCCCCCCCGUGGAAGGGAAGGGUAGUGUCUGGAGCAGGUUUAAUCGUUUUCUAGGUUUGACAAAGGGUCAGUUAGCUCCAGCCACAGCUGUUGCUUUAACCAUCUCCCCCACACCGGUUUCUGCACAAACACCAAUGGGGUCUCCAAAGCAACUCUCUACUAAAUCACCGCAAACAGAAAGUUCUCCGUCUCCCAGGUUAAGGAAAAGAGAGCUGUACAGAGAGAUCCGUUCUCACGUGUGGGGUACUCUGGGUAAAAAACAGCUCCAUGGCUGGAGCAUGCCUCUCGGCAUCACAAACAUAAAGGACUCUGAACUCCCUCCUGAGCCCAGAGACGUGCCCGUCCUCAUCCAGCUACGACUGCUGGACCAGAGAGAUGCUACAGCCAAGCUCACAUGUGCUGUCGCAGUCCCUCCAGAGAUAUCAGGAGAGCAGACGUGCUCUGUGUGGGCCGUCACUGGACCUGCUUCCAGCAGUGAUGUCACAGUGAUUGACCCGGCUCGCUCCAAUACCAUUCUGGAUCAGUUCAGCCUCCCACCCACGUCCCCUGCAUUAUGCAUCUGUGCUGUGCCCCCCACUGGAGAUACUGCAGGAACUGUGUGGAUUGGAACACAGGAUGGAGGUGUGCUGAUUCAUUCGUCCUCCAGCUCCAGACGCCGCUGUCUGCAGUCUGUCAGUCUUUCUGAGGGGGUUCACUCUCUGACGUAUUCUCAGGGUGAGGUGAUCGGUGGCUUGGCCAAUGGGACGCUUGCAUUUUUCACUCACAGUUCAGGCACAUGGAAUCUUCAGUCUCAAGAGGUCCUCUCGCUCGGCUUGCCUCCUUUGCAGCCCGUUCGCUGCUGCCUAGCAAAGGAGGGCUGUCUCUGGGUGGGCUACUGGAAUAAAGUUUACAUGAUCAUUGUGAAAGAUCGCAAAGUUGAGAAAUCGUUUACAGUGUCCGAGCGAAGUGAGCAGCAGGUGCGUUUCCUGUGCGCGGCAGGAAGUGGCGUUUGGGCUGCUUGCCGUUUGGAUCCAGUUCUCAGGCUUUUUGAUUGGACGACCGGCCGUCCUCUACAGGAAGUAGAUUUAUCGUCCGUAGUGACUAAAGCUUUAGGCUCUGCAUUCCUGUCCCUCUCUCCUCUUCAGAUCACAGCCUUGUCUGUGGUCAGUGGACGGUUGUGGGUGGGAACAGGAAGUGGGGCAAUCUUCUCAGUUCCACUGUCCCUCACUUCAGAGUCGUGCUCUAUACCGUACUGCUCUCUUGCUUCAGCUCAGCUGUGUUAUCAUGGCCACCGACAAGCAGUUAAAUUCAUCAUUUCUGCUCCAGGUUGCCGUAGUUCCUCACCAGAUGGUGCCGCUACUACCUCUCAGCUCAUCCUCAGUGGUGGGGAAGGAUACAUCAACUUCCGAAUCGGAGACGAUGGAGGUGAUGGUGCCAGUGAGUCUGUCCUACAGAGAUCGGAACGAAGUCACAUGAUUAUUUGGCAGAGCCCCUCCCCCUCUGUCCCAAGCCCUGCCCUCUGAACGCACUUCAUCUGUUCACUCAGACUUUGAGCUCUAUCAGGAUAAGAUCCAGCAUAAUACAUAGUAUAAUGCAUUACCUUUCUUAUUUUGCCCUUCUGUAGAUGCUCUCAAUGGGAAGUAAAGGGCUAAAGUCAAAGUCAAGCAUUAACAAUGGCAAAGAAAUUUAAUUUUAGACCUAUAAGUCUUCAUUCUGCACUUUCAUUUUAGUUUAUAUGAAUGUUUUUGGGGUGAACUGACUUUAAAUGACAGUAUUUUUGACAUAACUGCUCCACCUACUUCUCUCCAGUGUGCCUUUUUGUGUGUAUUUAAAGUCUGCCUUGUAUUUGAGCAGUGAUUUCUUUCUUUCUUUUUUUUUUUUUUAUUGUACACAGUCAUCCUAAAUACUGGAACAAAGACGGGUCGUGAUUGUAAUGCUAGGAAUUGAAUUAUUAUAUUUUUAUUUUAUUAUUUUAAAUCAUGAGGAGUGAUGCAACUGAUAUGCUGCUGGUCAUGAUAUGGAAUAUUUUCAAAAAUAGCUGGUCGCUUGUCGUGCUUUAGAUAAAACUGGAAACUUGGACAAAGAAAAUUCAAAUCAAAACGACAAGAAACUGCCAAGAUUGAAACACUACAUACAUUCUGUGAUUUUUGACAUCUAUAGUGCAUAUAUGUAUACUUCAAUCUGAACAAAAAAAGGUUUUUUUCUUUAAGUUUGGUGUUUAUGGUGAGGUUUUGUUUCAUUUUAUUAUUAUCGGUUUCUAAGUUAUUUGUUGUGAAAUCAAUGGAGGCGUCUGUAUGGCGAUUUUAUUUUAUUUUUUUCAGUAUUUUCUGAACGGGUUCGAAUGUGUUUUUCUCUACCUCUUUAACGAGCGCGAGAAAGUGACAAUGUUUUGUUAACUGGAAAAUAUGAAAAUGUGCAACUGUGUAAAUACAUUUUCACUCUAAUUAUAAA